AAAAUUAUUUACGAUCAAUACGAAAACGACACAUAUGAAGAUAUUUCUCCGGUAGUAAAAGUACGCGUCAUUUGGCGAUAAUUUACUAUCGAGGGUGACUGGGUGACGUGUAAAAUGUACAAAAUUGCAUAAUUUGCAUCGAUAAAUAGAUGAUCUAUUCUUCGCUUGGAUUUAAACUCGAAUAAAUUGAUUUCCACUCAGCCGGUUGAUAAGCUCGAGUAAUUAAAUCAUCACUCCAUCGAGUCAUCAGUAACCUCACAACAAGACUAACACAGCUUGAGAUGUCGAAAGUUCUUCGCAUCUUGAGAACCGAUUCGUUGCUGACAGUUUCUGCUUCGAUAUUCUUCACAGAAAUUCGUCAAUCCAGCUGUUCGACGAGAGGAGCUGCCUUCAACAUGAGUAAAAAAGUACUGUGCUUGUUCGACGUCGAUGGAACGUUGACAAAACCACGUCAAGUCAUAGAGGAAGAUAUGAUGUCUUUUUUGAAAAAUCGUGUGAAACCAGUUUGUGCCAUUGGUUUAGUCGGCGGAUCAGAUUUGGACAAAGCAGUCGAACAAAUGGGAGGAAAAUCGUUCAAUUUGGGCGAAUUCGACUACAUGUUUCCUGAAAAUGGAUUAGUGGCUUAUAAAAAUGGAAAAGAAAUCGCCAAACAGUCGUUGGCCAAUUUCUUGGGCGAAGAAAAGCUUCAAAAAUUAAUCAAUUACUGCCUUCGUUACAUGUCCGAUCUCGUAUUACCAGUGAAACGUGGCACAUUUAUUGAAUUUCGUACCGGUCUAAUCAACAUUUGCCCAGUAGGAAGAUCGUGUUCGAGCGAAGAGAGGCAGCAGUUCGCCGAAUUCGAUGCCGAACAUAAAAUUAGAGAAAAAUUCGUUCAAAGUUUGGAAAAAGAUUUAUCAGAUUUGGGGCUGAAAUUUAGUAUAGGUGGUCAAAUUAGCAUAGAUGCAUUUCCUAUUGGAUGGGAUAAAACGUAUUGUUUACGUUUUGUUGAAAAAGAUUUCGAUGAAAUCCAUUUCUUCGGCGAUAAAACAUCUCCAGGAGGAAACGAUUACGAAAUAUUUAUCGAUCCUAGAGUUAAAGGACAUUCCGUAACUUCUCAUCAAGAUACCAAAAAUCAACUACAAACGUUGUUCGGAUUGUGAUCUAAUCUAAUCGAAUAUAUCUGGUCAUUUUUAAACAUACGUUCCCUAUCAAAUUUAGAACAAAUUACUUACAUCCUAUGUGAAAUAUUAAAACGGUGGGGAAUCGAGCAGCUUAUUAAACGUUGAACAAUGUAAACCAUUUAAACGAAUUUUUAAUAAUUGUUUUGUACAUUGAUAAAAUGUAAAUAUAUAAAUUUCUUAUCAUUAUA